CUGAAGUGGGUGGUCGAGCGGGCGAGCGAGCUGGUGGGUGAACAAGUUGGCGAGCGGUCUGGCGAGCGAGCGAGCGAGCGUGCGGUUUGGUGAGUGAGCGGGCGAGGGAGCCGGUGGGUGAGCAAGUUGGCGUGCGGUUUGGUGAGCGAGCGUGGUGGACGAUGGCGGAGGUGGCCGGGGCGAGGAAGGUGAGCUGCUCGUCGGACUCGGUGUCCACCCCCAACUCGGAGGACUUCGUCCUCGUGCCGGGCAGCCCCGCCGCGCCACCCCCCGGCAGCGACGGCACGGGCCUCAAGAUCCCGGGCGCCGGCAAUGAGAGCGCCCUGCAGGAGCAGCUGGCGGCCAUGCUGAGCGAUUGCGCCCAGGACGAGGAGGAGGCCGAUGACGAUGAUGAGCAGGAGGGGGAGGAGGGGGAAGCGACGACGAGGGGAGAUCCCCGCUCAGCGGAGGCCGCUGGCGCCGGGGGCUCAGCGGAGGCCGAAGGAGCGUCGGUGAUGGCGGAGCGGACGGACGGCGAGAUGAGCGACUCGCAGACGGUGGCCAACAACCCCCGCUGCUCCAAGGAGGGACCCCGCGGGCCGGACUCGGCGUCGCCAACGUCGUCGCGGUCGUCGCGGUCGCUGCGCGGCGACGACGACUGCGAGGAUUGCGACGGCGCCGCCGAGCUGCUGGUGUUCCCGCGCGUCACCUACCUGGGCAGCGCCAGCGUGGACGCCCCGCGCAGCGAGCUGGAGGCGCUGCGCGUGGCGGCGAUCCUGCGCCAGCAGUGCCUGGCGCCGCUGGAGGUGGCGCUAGCCGUGCCCACCGCCUCCGGGGGCUCCGUGCGGAUCCUGGAGGCUGACAGCAGUGUGGAGAUUGCCCGCUACCCGGUGCAGCGCAUCCUGUUCUGCGUGCGUGGCCACCGCGCCACCCAGGAGAGCGACUGCUUCGGCUUCACCGAGAGCCACAACGCCGCCGAUAUCUUCCGUAUCCACGUCUUUCGCUGCCCCGAGCCGCACGAGGUGAGCCGGCUACUGCACAGCUUCGCGGCGGCGUUCGAGGUUUGCGCCCGGCCCAGCGGAGCCGGAGCCGGAUCGUCGGGGCCAGGCUCCAGUCCAGCACUCACGGCCUCCACCCCCAACCCCGACCUCUUCACCUUCACCGUCGCCAUGGAGAUCAGGGAGGAUGACGGGAAGGGGAACUUCAGCGCGGUGCCCGUGGACAAGGAGAAGCAGUACUUCAAGCUGCGCUCGGGCGUCGAGAAGAAACUCGUUCUGAACGUGAACCAAGCAUCCAGUCGCGAGCUCACCAUCGAACGGUGUUUUGGCGUCUUUCUUGGCCCUGGGUGUGGAGUUCAACCGGGAGACCUUCACCUCCUCAACAUGGAGUCCAUGGGCAAGAGUUCGGACAGCAAGUCGUACGUGAUCGCCGCCCGCUGGGACCCCACGCUCGCCACCUUCCACGGCCUCAACGACGAGACCGCCAAGGACAAGAUGGCUCACCUGACGGUGGCGGCCGACCUGGUUGUCACCGAGGUGCAGGACCCGGUUCGAUUCCUGUUCGAGGCGCCGGCUCGUGUGUUCCCGGCGACGGAGCGGUUCUGGUAUUUCGGCCGGCGAGCCUUCACCGACACCUUCCACCUGCACCUGCGGCAGCUGCCCCCACGGGACGAGACGACGCCGGACGAGGCUCGGGCCUGCCCCUACGAGCUGCUCGCCCUCACGAGCGAGUCGGAGCGACAGCGCGCCACCACCGCAUCCACCACCGCCACCACGGGAGGGGCGGGAGGGGUCCUGGCGGGAGUGUGGGGGGGCGGCGGAGGGGGGGUCCCGUCGUCCCCGUCGCUCACGCUGUCGGCGCGGGGCUCGCAGAGUUCGGCGUUCGCCACCCCCACGGAGGAUGAGGACGACGGAGACAACGACGAGCCGCUGCUGAGCGGCUCGGGCGACGUGUCACGUGAGUGCGCGCAGAAGCUGCUCGAGGCCUGGUCCGACCUGCUCGCCAAGUGGCACGGCAACCUGAGCGUGCGUCCGCGCCAGCUCCCGGGGCUGGUGCGUGGAGGAGUCCCCGAGGCGCUGCGGGGCGACGUGUGGCAGCUGCUCGCCGGUUGCCGUGACGACGACGCCAUGCUUGACAACUACCGCAUGCUCGUCGCCAAGAGGAGAGCACGUUGGAUGAAAUUAAUGAAGAUCAGCGACGCUGUCGGGCGCUCGCUCGCCCCGCUUCUCACCGUCGCCGCCGGCUCCGCCAACGCUCCGGCGCCGCCGAGUGACAGGGAAAUGAAUUCCGGCAUCGCCAACGACGACGGUGCCCACGGAGUCGGAGAAAACUGCACGGAGCAGCGCCGGAGGGACGAGGAGGAGGAGGAGGAGACGGAGGCAGCUGUGGAUAUUUUUUCCUGA